ACAUGCGCCUCAUGCACAUUGCAGAAAGCUUCGGCUUCCGCUCCGUGCAGAGCAGUUCAUAGUUCUGCACAGAUCGAGGUUUCAUUAUAAACUCAACUAACGAUUAAAGUGUUAGCAUACUGCAAGCUCAUGCAUUUUGGUUUAUGCAGUUCACGCAUUUUAUGUGUUCGUGUGUGUGCUGUCAGUUUCUUACGCGUGUGUGGUCUUAAAACAACUGUAAGCAUGCCUAAAAGAGCCAAGAAGAACGAGGAAGCUGUCGAGGGGGAGACUGGCAAUGGAGCUGAACCUGCAAAGAAAGAGAAAAAGGGGAAGGAGCCAGAGGCCCCAAUUCUGUAUGAAGAUCCUCCAGAUAAGAUGACCAGUAAGGAUGGUCGUGCAUCCAACAUGAAGAUCACCUCCUGGAAUGUGGACGGUCUGCGCGCUUGGGUCAGAAAGAACGGCCUUGAUUGGGUGCGCAAGGAGGAUCCAGAUGUGCUGUGUCUGCAGGAGACUAAGUGCGCUGAGAAAGCCCUGCCAUCUGAGAUCACUGACAUGCCUGAGUAUCCACACAAGUACUGGGCUGGAUCAGAGGAUAAGGAGGGUUACAGCGGAGUCGCCAUGCUCUGCAAGACUGAACCACUCAGUGUCACCUAUGGUAUUGGUAAAGAGGAACAUGAUAAAGAAGGUCGGGUUAUCACUGCUGAGUUUCCAUCUUUCUUCCUGGUUACGGCGUAUGUGCCUAAUGCCAGUCGUGGUUUGGUGCGACUCGACUACCGUAAGACCUGGGAUGUGGAUUUCCGGGCCUACCUGAGUGGCUUGGACCAGCGCAAGCUCCUGGUGCUGUGUGGAGAUCUGAAUGUGGCCCACCAAGAGAUUGAUCUCAAAAACCCCAAGGGUAACCGCAAGAACGCAGGCUUCACCCCUGAGGAACGGGAGGGCUUCACCAAACUUCUGGAGGCUGGUUUUACUGACAGUUUUCGGGAGCUGUAUCCGGAACAAGCCAAUGCCUACACCUUCUGGACCUACAUGAUGAAUGCUCGAGCCAAAAACGUCGGCUGGCGUUUGGACUACUUUUUGCUGUCGUCCGCCUUGCUCCCAGGUCUGUGUGACAGCAAGAUCCGAAACACAGCCAUGGGAAGUGACCACUGCCCUAUUACCUUGUAUUUGGCAGUGUAGAUCAGGUUUCUCAGGGCCUCAAGCUUUUCAGUUUCAUAUACAUCUGCAUAGACACAUAAGGAUCUAGUCCUGUUAGUCCUAGAAUAGUAUUUCCUUUCUAAAACCAAAUACAGGCCCACAUGUAGGAAUAUGUGUGGUGCAGACACCCAUUGAAAGGACUCGUGGAUAAAUUGUUUUGCAAUUUUGGAUCAUUCUGCUGUUAUUGGUCGCCUGAAAUCAGAUUUUGACACUAAAAUAUCACUAAAAAUCAUAAUUUCAAGCUCUUAUCCCACUUUAUAUUUGCAAUGUUUAAAAAAAAAACUCAGACUGUCUAAAUGACAAACACUGCCAAACUUAUCAGUGUUGAUUAUAUCAAAAUGUUUUGAAGCUUGUAAAAUACCUUGACCUGCAAGGAUAUAUGAUGUGUCUGAUUUGUAUGAAGUUAAAGAUCUUUGGAUUUUGUCUUUGGUGCUAUUUUAACCUCUGGAUUGUACAUUACUCUCGACUUGGUGAAGUUAGUGGUGGUUAAAUGUUACAUAUGCCACUUAGUUUCAAAAGACCAAUGAUUUUGCUUAUGUGCUGUUUUUUUCCCCCCCAGAGUGUGUGUCUGUAGCCAUUUUUCAG